AUGAGAUGCCGUGAAGGCGAAACCGUGUGUGGUUCUGUUCAUUCCACACACAUUGAGGACUCUGAAGAUUUGCAGACUGAAUACGGACGUUUUCAGUUUUCAGACAUAAGUGCGAUAAAUACAAGUGCAGACCUAAAAAAGACCUACGUUAUCGAACUAGCUGUUGAUUUGGAAUCUGCCGAGGAUCCCAACCCACCACAGCUAGAGACGGAGGAAUCUGCCGAGGAUCCCAACCCAUCACAACUAGAGACAGAGGAAUCUGUACAGGAUCCCAAUCCACCACAACUAGAGACGGAGGAAUCUGUACAGGAUCCCAAUCCACCACAACUAGAGACGGAGAAAUCUGCCGAGGAUCCCAACCCAUCACAACUACAGACGGAGGAAUCUACACAGGAUCCCAAUCUACCACAACUAGAGACGGAGGAAUCUACACAGGAUCCCAAUCUACCACAACUAGAGACGGAGGAAUCUGAUCCCAAUCCACCACAACUAGAGACAGAGGAAUCUGUACAGGAUCCCAACCCAUCACAACUAGAGACGGAGGAAUCUGUACAGGAUCCCAACCCAUCACAACUAGAGACGGAGGAAUCUGUACAGGAUCCCAACCCAUCACAAUUAGAGACGGAGGAAUCUGUACAGGAUCCCAACCCAUCACAACUAGAGACGGAGGAAUCUGUACAGGAUCCCAACCCAUCACAACUAGAGACGGAGGAAUCUGUACAGGAUCCCAACCCAUCACAACUAGAGACGGAGGAAUCUGUACAGGAUCCCAAUCCAUCACAACUAGAGACAGAGGAAUCUGUCCAGGAUCCCAACCCAUCACAACUAGAGACGGAGGAAUCUGUACAGGAUCCCAAUCCAUCACAACUAGAGACAGAGGAAUCUGUCCAGGAUCCCAACCCAUCACAACUAGAGACAGAGGAAUCUGUACAGGAUCCCAACCCAUCACAACUAGAGACGGGGAAAUAUGUACAGGAUCCCAAUCCACCACAACUAGAGACGGAGGAAUCUGUACAGGAUCCCAAUCCACCACAACUAGAGACGGGGGAAUCUGCAGAGGAUCCCAAUCCACCGGACCUGUCCUGCAACAAUCUCACAGAAGGGAGAUUCUUAUAA